UCAACACCCUGAACUUUCUCUUCUGAAGCAGUCAUGUCUUCAACCACGAAUGCCAGGGGUGCCCAGGGAAAUGACUCCCUCAACCUGGACUUCAUGUCUCCUUCUGAAAGCGCCAAGGAUCUGCAGAAGCCCUCCGGCUUCUUGGAAGGAAGCCCUUCAGAGUCGCCGGGCUUGGAGAAGACCAAGGGCAUUACGGGGUUCCAGACCUUGGUUCAUCUGGUGAAAGGGAACAUGGGCACAGGGGUCCUGGGACUCCCCCUAGCCAUCAAGAAUGCAGGCAUCCUGAUGGGCCCGCUCAGCGUGCUGGUCAUAGGCUUCGUGGCCUGUCACUGCAUGCGCCUCCUGGUCAAGUGUGCCCGGCACUUCUGUCACAGGCUUAACAAGCCCUUCAUGGACUAUGGGGACACAGUAUUGCACGGACUAGAAUCCAGCCCCAGCCUCUGGCUCCAGAAGCACGCUCAUUGGGGAAGGGACACUGUGACCUUAUUCCUUAUAGUCACCCAACUGGGCUUCUGCUGUGUAUACAUUGUGUUUCUGGCUGAUAAUUUAAAGCAGGUAGUAGAAGCGGUUAACAGUACAGCCGUCAACUGCCAUAGCAAUGAGACCGCCACACUCACCCCCACCAUGGACUCUCGGCUGUACAUGCUCUCCUUCCUGCCUUUCCUCGUGCUGCUGGCCCUCAUCCGGAACCUUCGGGUCCUGACCAUUUUCUCCAUGUUGGCCAACAUCAGCAUGCUCAUCAGCCUGGUCAUCAUCACCCAGUACAUUGCCCAAGGAAUUCCGGACCUUCACAGUUUGCCCCUGGUAGAAUCCUGGGAGACCUACCCUCUCUUCUUCGGAACGGCCAUUUUUUCCUUUGAAAGCAUCGGUGUGGUUCUGCCUCUGGAGAACAAUAUGGAGGAUUCCCGCCGCUUUCCAGCCAUCCUGUAUUUGGGAAUGUCCAUCAUCACUUCCCUGUACAUCAUCAUCGGGGUUCUGGGGUACCUGAAAUUUGGAGACGACAUCAAGGCCAGCAUAACCCUCAACCUGCCUAACUGUUGGUUGUACCAGUCUGUCAAGAUCCUCUAUAUCAUUGGCAUCCUGUGCACCUACUCCCUGCAGUUCUACGUCCCGGCGGGAAUCAUCAUCCCAUUCGUCCAUUCCCGGGUAUCAAAGCGCUGGGCACUGGUUACGGACGUGUUUAUCCGCUUCUCCCUGGUCUGCCUGACAUAUGAGGAAACGGAGGCAGGGAACAAUGAAAUACUCGGACAUGAACACCAGAGGUGGUACCUGAACUCAGACAUCUAACUCCUGAGGCAGCACCUUCACCUUCGCCUUCACCUUCGGGAGAUGCAUUGCAGCUAUGGGGACCUAUGACUCUGUUUGCAAUGGAUAUAGUAAGCUUGACUCUCACAAUAUUUGACAAAUUUGGAGCAACAUUUAAAAUAAGGAUCAUCUCAUAUAUAAAUCCAGAUUUUUAAUAUUGCUUGGGAGAAAAAGAAGGGGGGCGGCUAGAAGAGCCGGGGCUCCCCACUGGCACCGACCACCUGGAGCUCCCUGCCUUCUGUGCUCACCCUUGGCCUCUGCUAACCCCUGCCAGCCCUUCCCAGUCCUUCUCCAGGCUCCAGGCCCAUUGACUGUGGUUGGGUGCAACUGAGUCCCUUCCACCGCCUAACGACCCAGCAACCUGCAGCAGAUACCUUAGCAGAGGCCAAAGGACAUGAUGAAAAUUCACACAAUGCGUAUGCAGUCAUCCAA